AUGGUUUCGGAAAUCAUGAGUCAUGAAAUUGCAUUCAUCUCUGGACCAAUCGAUCCAGGUCCCUAUUUCCACACCCACUACACAUCUCCAAUACAACAAGCUAUCAAACGAGGCGACGACUUUGUCAUAGGACCCAUCCCAAGUGGAGUCGACGCAGAUGCACUAGCUUAUCUCCUUGCAUAUCCCGUCGCACCGACUCGGAUCACAAUAUUCGUGACUCCAGCAGAAAAUGGGAUGUGGGGCACUAAAUUUCGUGCAUUGGGUGUCAAUGUGCAAGUAACAGAGGGCCAAAUGAGCCUGGAACGCGAUGCGGCUCUCACAAAAGCUAGCACUUAUGAUAUUCUUCGUGUUCGCACUAAGAAGGAGGCGAAGAAGUUUUAUGGUCGUUUGUGGCGUGAUGGAUAUGUCACCAAUACUGAGCGCAAUUGGAAGCGUCGGAGGGGAAUUGGAGAGGAUAUUAAAGUCGAUGCUAAGACGAUUCGAUCUGGGAUGCCAGAGGGAUCCCCCAAAGAGGGUGCUCUGUGGAACUGGCUUGCGAAAUUGAAUCGACCUUAG